CGUCCCAACUUAACGGCAUCCAGCCAACUUUCACUCGCCAUCUUUCUUCAAGCAGCUCAACCCCAAAAUGUAUGCGAAGACGUAUCCAUCUCUGAAUCCAGUGGCCGACCCAGUUGCUCGACAACGCUUGUUGCAUACCACUGCGCCGCCAGUUUUAGCUGGAGCACCGAUCGACGAGGACUUGCUCUACUGCGCUAUCGUGGAACGACAGUUGCGAGAGACUGAAGCUCAACGCGGAGGGUUGACACGUCGUGAAGUGCUGGCAGCAGCGAUUCGAGAGCACGCGAUCUUGAGCGAACAUGCUGCAGCCGAAUACCCAACGACAUUUGCUGCGGUGGUCACGCCUGGAGUUAAUCUGCAGCCACAGUAGCCGCUACGAGUUUGUUUUUGUAGACUGCAACGCCAGUUCUUGAAUAUAUUUAAUUUCGCUCGGUCGUUGGAUAUGCAUUUACUCGCUUGAUACACCUCGCGUCUUCCUCGGAGCAAAGUUGCCAAUAAUAUAUACUAUUUGAGCUG